UGGUACCCUUCCAAUCAACAAGCCUGUCUUUUAGACUGCCAAAGUGCCGUGCCAUGACUUUGGCGGCUGUGGUGGGGCACCACCCACCGGUCACCCGCUGCUUGGUCAUUGCAUCGGUUUCUCUGACUGUGGGGUGCGCUCUGGAUCUUUUGUCACCCACCACGCUUUUGCUAAGCUGGCAACUGGUCAUCUAUGAGUUGCAGCUGUGGAGGUUGGUGACGUGCUUCCUCUUCUUUGGACCCUUCGGCUUGCCUUUCUUGUGGAACAUCGCUGUCCUGGUACACUAUUGUUCCUCGUUGGAAGGUAUCUCCUUUCAGCGGAAAACUGCUGAUUUCCUGUGGAUGCUCAUUUGUGGUGCAGGAAUGCUGCUGGCGCUUUCCUAUUUCUUUGGAAACAUGUACUUUGUUAGUUCCUCUAUGAUCGAACUCAUGACCUACGUCUGGGGACGGAAGAACUCCAAUGCCAGAAUGCAGGUAUUCUUCUUCGUUGUCAGAGCUCCUUAUUUGCCAUGGGUGCUCGCUGGCAUUUCUGCCCUCAUGGGCGGUGGUGUCCAGGACCACUUGUUGGGCAUUGCAGUGGGGCACGUCUACUACUUCUUUGAGGAUAUCUAUCCAGUUCUACCGACAUCAAAGGGAUUCCGACUCUUUCGCACGCCAAAGCUGCUGAAAAAGGUAUGCAACCAACGCGACUAACGACUGAGAUUUGAUCAAGAUGUACAGUGAGUGAUCACUGGACAAGCUGCCCAGCCAAUCCCAAGAUGAA